GAUUUCACCAAGCAAUACAACCGCCUUCGACAACGGCAACAAGCCUUAAACCCCGCCACAGGCCCAUCCACUUCCCAACCGCAGCCUGUACCGCUGCCGGCGCAGAAUUCACAUCUCGCCAACUCACGAGAGAAAAAGGGCAACCGAUUCGUUGGCACUCGUGCUAUCGUCCAUGGAGGCGUCAGCUCCAAUCCGAAGGCUGAGAACGAUAAGCACGUCAAAGACAAGAGCGAUCGAGCGACGCAGGAACAGGUGCUCGAUGGACGUACACGGUUGGUUCUCGCCGGACUCGUCAACAGAGAUAUCAUUGGCCCUUUCACUCACUGCAUAAGUACCGGAAAAGAGGCAAACGUCUAUCAUGCCACUGCGUCACCCAAUCGACCAUUGAGUUUGCAACAAUACUCAGAGUUCGCUGUCAAAAUAUACCGGACAUCAAUCCUCCAUUUUCGAGCCCGACAGGCAUACAUGGAGGGCGAACAUCGUUUUCAAGGCGAGUAUACGUCUUCCCGUAAUCCCCGCAAAAUGGUGAGGGUCUGGGCGGAGAAAGAACUGAGAAAUCUUAGACGUCUGGAGCAAGGUGGCGUCCGGGGACCGAAAGCUAUCGAAUUGAAGGAGAACGUCUUAGUCAUGGAAUUCUUAGGAGAUGGAGACAGCGCCUCACCUCGUCUGAAAGAUGCUCCAAUCGAAGCCGACCGACUUCCGGACCUAUAUGCGGAGCUGUUAAUAGCCAUGAGGAAAAUGUACCAGCACUGCAGACUGGUACAUGCUGACCUGAGCGAGUACAAUAUACUAUACCACCAAUCACAUCUGUAUAUCAUCGAUGUAUCACAAUCUGUGGAGCACGACCAUCCACGAGCCUUCGACUUUAUGCGCACCGAUAUACGCAACGUUGAUGACUAUUUCCGUCGACGAUCCGGCGGGGAAGUCAAUACGCUGGGUUUCCGACGUACGUGGGACUUUGUCGUGAAUGAUACGGUUGAUUCUUUGACCAAAGAGGAUGAAAUGGGGGAGGAUGGCGACAUCAGAUUGACCGAUGUCCUACAGACUUGGCUCGCCAAACCAGACGGAGAAAAUUUGGCUAUUCAGUUGGCCAGGCCCGAUUUGGAGGUUCUAGCAAAAGAACGCGACUCAGCCACACAAGUUGACGAAGCGGUAUUCAUGACAUCGUACAUUCCCCGUAAUCUGGCUCAAGUAUAUGAUCCGGAGCGUGACGUUGAGCUUCUGCGGCGGGGCGAUCAUGAUAAACUCAUCUACGCCGGAAUCACAAACCUCUCCCUCGGGGCAAAGAGCCAAAGCCACGAGGUAACGGGUGACGAGAAUCAUUCACCAGGGAAGACCGGUGAUGGAGGAUCGGAUGCGGGGAUCGAGAGAUCGCGAUCCGGUGGUGACAGUGCUGGAGAGUCAGAGUCCGGGGAAGAGCAUAAUCGGGCUCCACGAGGGUUCAGACAUGAAGAUCGAGAGGCGAAAAAGGGGAGUUUUUUGAGAUCAACCUCGAUCGCGUGGCUGACCUUUCAGGAUCGGAAGAAGGCGGUCAAGGAGCAGAACAGGGAGAAGAGGAAACACAAGAUGCCGAAAGCGGAAAAACAACGUUUGAUC